AUGAACCGUUUCCGCACAAAGAAGAAGACGAAGGAAGAUGCCUCUUCCACACCCAGAGCCUCUCAUGAAUCCGAGUCUCCGGCCCCUUUCCGCUUGUUCGGCAAGGGAAAGAAGUCCCAAGAGGAGGAGCCCAAAAAGGAACUCGAUCUCGAGCACGCCUUGCCAUCAUCCGACGACUUCCGCACAAGUUUGUUGAUGACAGGACUUUCGGCACGCUUUUCCAUGCUGAGAGAACAGGAUGACCCGAAUACCAAGAUCGGCAAGGCGCUUGACGACAGCGUUCUGUUCCCCAAGCGACAAUCCAGGAUGGACUUUGGUUUCGGCGCUGGAGCUGGCUUGUCUGAUAUUGCCGAGGUUGAGUCCAUCAGAAAGGAGGCCCCCUUUGCUCGCAUGGACCGCAUGGACUCGUUCCAUUCCUCAGACGGCAACUCUUUGUCAGGGAGCAUCAUGGACCGAGCAAAGCCCGGAGAAGGCAACAACCUGUUUGGUGGACGACAGAAGAUUUACAAGAUUGCAGCAGGAAAUGCGUCGAACAAGAACGUUGACGGUGGCGGUAUGAGCCAUCGUGCUCUGUAUGACGACGAUGUCGCAAUGUCUUCUUUCCAGAAAUGGAGGCAAACAGAAAAGGCCAAAAUGUCGUUUGACGACGACCAGGAUAUGGUUCACUCGACAUCCAGCCUCGAUUUGGCACGCACCGAAUCGCCUCCUCCGCUUGGCUACAACAAGAACCGCGAGACCAACUCGACCACAUCCUCCACACCAUCACUCGGCCGUAACUCGACUGCGGCAACGUCUGUCAUGUCCCAGCCGACAUCCUCAGUCAAGGACUGGCAAUCCACAACAACGGCACCUAGCUCCGCCGCAGGCACCCCUCUCCUCGAGAGAAGCAUGACCCGCACAAAACGUCUCUACGAGACUGGCCUCAACAACGAGCUUCAGGAGCAACAGUCUUCCGCCCUGUCCCGCAUGGAUACUCUUUCCAGACAGCGCACUCUCGGAUCCAGGACACCCGAACUUUUCCAGAGCGGUCCGUCGCCGACCUCAACCCUCUUCGCAGAGCGAUUCGGCGAGCGCAGAAUUUUGGCCAAAGGCAGCGCCCCUAACCUGCGAUCUAUGAGUCCACCGACAGUAGGAUCGCCCAUUGCUCCUAUGGACUUGGGCAUCAGAAACCAGGAUUCAAGGACUGGCUAUCCAGGCUCGCCGCCUUUGAGCCCGCCUAUCAGCGAGGGCGAGGAGAACUCCAUCCUCCCGAAUGACCGAGGCAAGGCCACGGCCAUGGGCAUGUUCCAGAAGCCGCUGCACUCCUACGACGAGUCCAGGUACGCCCAAAGGCAACUCCAACUUCAGCAGGGCCGCGAAACCCCGACAACUAGGUUCCGAACGGAGUCCAACGCAUCCCAGACCACGGGCCGCUCAAGGUCGUCCUCAUCAGCCCAGAGACAGCCGAUCGAGAGGUCGGAGCCCAUCAUCCAAGUUGAGCCUACCCUGAAGGAGGAGGAAGCCGGCUCGAUCUACUUCAAUGACAGGGACGAAACAAACCAGAGGUCACCUGUUGCAACCAGACGUCCCGCUGACCGCGAUCAUCCGGCCUUCAGAGACUCUGCUUUGCCAACCCCUCUUUCCCUGAGUGGCAGAGAGUCGGUCGAGCCGUCGCCCGUCUCUGAUCAGCCUUUCCCAGUGCCCGCACCUGCUGAGCAGUUCACCGCUCCUCAAGACUCGCCGACGCUACCGUCGUCUGCGGGACUCAGCGGCAUGGUUCGCGCACAUCUUCGGACGGACAGCAACACUUCAUCCAUUUACGGUUCAGCGCCACAGACGUCGACGUUUGCUUCCAGAUUUCCUCUGGACCCUUACGACCCGUCGUUUGGCGUCAGCUCUAACCCGUGGGAAGUAGCAUCGCCAGACUGGCAGUCCCCGACGAUCCCAACUUUCAACGAGCAAGUGAAGGACACGCAAGAGCCCGAGGAACCUAAGGAGCAGCAGAAGGAGCAGCCUGCCCCCACAUCUGCGCCGGCCCCUGCUCCAGCUCCCGCACCUGUUGCGAGGGAGGCUCGGUCGACGGAGCCGUCGGAAAGAAACACCGGCUCCAGCACUGAGAUGGAGAAGGAGCACGACGAAUUUGCCAGCCAGCUUGCGAGCGCUCAGCGCCGGGUUCGCGAGAGACUCACCUCUUACGUCGAGUCAGACCGUGACAGCAGGUCUCUUUCUCGAUCUCUGUCUCCUCACUCGUUUGAGCGCACCCGAGAACCUUCUAUUCCUCGACCCAACCCUCUGGGAAUUCUCAGGUCGAAGACAAGCAGAGGUUCUUUGGCGGACCGACCAAACCGCGAGAACAGCCAGCACGCCAAAGCAAUCAAGAUGCUUGGUCUGGCUACCUCGACUAUCAGCAGUGCUCCCAGCCCGAACAAGACCAGCUUUGAGGGGAAGGAUUCUGAGGAGCGUGAGAGGCCCGACAUUUCGAGGGCCGAGAGCGCGCCAGCUCAGGUAUCUGCCCCGGAGCCGCCUAAGGAGGACGAAUCUGUGCACGCUGGACUGCGGGCUUUCAGACAGGCGCGUAAAGAACUCCAGAAGUUGGAGUCACAGCGGAGCCCGACAAGUGCCUCAACGCCAGCCGUGCCCGGUCCCUUGCCCGGCGCUGCCAUCGGCGCAGUGGUCGGCCCCCCGGCAUCACGCACGGCGCCGAGUCGUGACCGCACUCCUGCGGCACGCUCUCCAUCUGGAGAGCGUCGUCCGCCUCCCGUCACAUACCAGCGAACGCCUAGUGAAGAGCCCCAGUCCAAUGCCGGACCCGGCAGAGGUGCCUCCCGCCCUCCUUCCCGCACUGAGCGCGAUCGCAGCGGUUCGGAAGCCAGCAACGGCGAAAGGUCGAAACGUCCUGCCAGACUGCGCACCGUUUCAUCUCCUCACGACGAACGAGGACAGGCACUGGGCCCGAACGGACCUCCCCCCUCUUCCCGGCCUCCCAUGAUCCCGUCUCCUGGCCUGCCUGGCACCAACAUCCGGCGAUCACCGCACAUGCCUCCCCAACCGUACCCUGCGGCCGGCGGCCCUCAGCCUAUUGACCGGUCAGCCUCCUCAGGUAACCUGGCGGUUCAGUACCGUCGUCGCGGACCCGACUCCGGACAACCGUCUCCUGUCUCUCCUAUGGCUCCUAUUCCGUCGCCCUCAAUCCCUGUGAGCCAGUCGACUCCUACUUUUGGUCCUCCGCCUCGCCGGCCCUCUGCUCCCCCCGUGCCGUCUCCGGUGGCCGAGUCUGCUCCUGUCAACCGCCUUGACGAGUCGAUGAAGCGUGUGGUCAAGAAGAAGGACAUCUCCGAGCCGACGUUUGUGUCCUCCACUUCACGCGUCCCUACUGUCGCUCUUCCAGAGACAUCGGAGAGCAGGUCGAGAAGCGGAUCCCGUUCGCGCUCGGGGAGCAUCCUGGGCGCUGCGGCUUCGACACCAAACCUCCAUGCCCACGCCAACAUCAACGCUCCUCCGGUGCCUCCCAUCAACCCCAAGCGUCGCAACAUGAUUGGCUCUAUCAUCGGCCGCAAGACAGACGACGAAAACGGCGCCAGCUCACCUCUCCCUUUGGCGCCGCCGCCCAUUCCGAGUGAGCACAGCGGUGACGGCCACAGUGCGUUCUCGGUAAGCGACGAUGAGGACGCCCCGGGACAGCGACGCAGACUCCGGAAGACAAUCAGCGAGGCAAACGGCAUGAACAUGCGUGCCCGUCUCAACCGAGGUCCUAGCCCUCCCAACAUGCCCGCGCCGACCGCUAUUCCCAGCGGUGUGCACAACAGUGCUUUGCCUGGUGGCAUGAUCUAA